ACUGCCGCUGCUGCUGCAGGUGGAGCGUCUGCUACGGGACCUGGUGCUGUCGGACGAGCAGCUGCUGAGCGUGUCGCAGCGUCUGGGGGAGAUGGAGCGCGGCCUGAGCCGUCAGAGCCACGCCGGCGCUACGGUGAAGAUGCUGCCCACGUUUGUGAGGUACCCGGACGGCACGGAGAGUGGAGACUUCCUGGCGCUGGACCUCGGCACCAACUUCCGGGUGCUGCGCGUGACGGCGAUGCCCACGGACGGUCGGCGUCGGGUGGAGAUGCAGAGCGAAGUUUACCCCAUCCCUACACUCGCCAUGCAGGGGUCAGGCCGCCAGCUCUUUGAUCACAUUGCGGGCUGCAUGGCUGAGUUUCUGGGCGGCCUCCACAUCAGGCAGCGGCUGCCCCUGGGGUUCACUUUCUCCUUCCCCUGCCUGCAGAACCGCCUUGACGAGAGCACGCUGAUCAACUGGACCAAGGGCUUCAACGCUACCGGCGUGGAGGGGAGAGACGUUGUGCAGCUGCUGAGAGAGGCGAUCAAGAGGCGUGGGGACUAUGACGUGGACGUGGUGGCGGUGGUGAACGACACAGUGGGCACCAUGAUGACAUGCGGCUACGAAGACCCCAACUGCGAGAUCGGACUCAUCGUGGGCACGGGCAGCAACGCGUGCUACAUGGAGGAGAUGAGCAACGUGGAGCUGGUGGAGGGGGACGAGGGACGGAUGUGCAUCAACACGGAGUGGGGCGGAUUCGGAGACGACGGAGCCCUGGACGACAUCCGCACCGAGUUUGACCGCGCCGUAGACGCCGGCUCCCUCAACCCGGGGAAGCAAACCUUUGAGAAGAUGACGAGUGGCAUGUACAUGGGUGAGCUGGUCCGCCACACCCUCCUCAAGCUCUCCUCCCUCGGAGUGAUCUUCUGCGGUCAGGACGUGACGGACAUCCUCACCCCGGGCAGCUUCCUCACCAGCUACGUGUCGACCAUAGAGCGCGAGGAGGACCCUUGCCACCCGCGCUGCGUCUCCAUCCUGAGCUCGCUGGGCGUGCGAGCGGCGACCGCGGGCGACGCCGGCCGCGUCCGCCACGCCUGCCGCGUCGUCUCGGCCCGCGCCGCCGCUCUGACCGCCGCGGCGCUCAGCGCCCUCGUGGGCCGCGUCCGGCGGAGCGGCCGGCACCACGUGGGAGAAGGCCCCCAACACCACCACCACCAGCACCACCAGCAUCACCACGACCAGCGGCACCACGUGGGAGAAGGCCCCCAACACCAGCACCACCAGCACCAGCACCACCACGACCACGACCAGCGGCACCACGUGGGAGAAGGCCCCCACCACGCCAGCACCACGACCAGCGGCACCACGUGGGAGAAGGCCCCCACCAACAGCACCACGUGGGAGAAGGCCCCCACCAACAGCACCACCUUCUCCGCUCUGCUCCAGUCGACGCUCCGUCGCCUCGCCCCCGAUUUCGACCUCCGCUUUGCCCGCUCGGAGGACGGCAGCGGCAAGGGAGCGGCCAUGGUGACGGCGGUGGCGGCGAGGCUCGCCGAGCGGCGCCGGCGCCUCGACGCGGCGCUGGCGCCGCUGGCGACGGGCGCCGAGCUCCUGCUCGCAGUCAAGCGGCUCGUGGCCUCGCCAUGGCCGGGGCCUGUCCAGGCCACGCACGAGGGGGCCCCCGUCGCCAUGCUGCCCACGUUCGUGCGGCGCACGCCCAGCGGGAGGGAGAACGGAGAUUUCCUCGCCCUGGACCUGGGCGGUACGAACUUCCGCGUUCUCCUCGUCCGGAUCCGGAGCGGGCAACGCUGCGGUGUUGCCAUGGACAACCGAAUCUUCUCCAUCCCGUCCGCCAUCAUGCACGCCACGGGAGAACAGCUGUUUGACCACAUCGUGUCCUGCGUGGCCGAGUUCCUGCACGCCAAGGGCAUCGCCGCCCAGAGACUGCCCCUGGGGUUUCACCUUCUCCUUCCCUGUCGCCAGGGCAGGCUGGACCAGGGUAUCCUCCUGAAGUGGACUAAAGGCUUCAAGGCGUCCGGCUGCGAGGGCAAGGACGUCGUCACCCUCCUGCGGGAGGCCGUCAAACGACGCAACGAGUUUGACGUGGACGUGGUGGCGGUGGUGAACGACACAGUGGGCACCAUGAUGACAUGCGGCUACGAAGACCCCAACUGCGAGAUCGGACUCAUCGUGGGCACGGGCAGCAACGCGUGCUACAUGGAGGAGAUGAGCAACGUGGAACUGGUGGAGGACGAGGGACGGAUGUGCAUCAACACGGAGUGGGGCGGAUGAGACGACGGAGCCCUGGACGACAUCCGCACCGAGUUUGACCGCGCCGUAGACGCCGGCUCCCUCAACCCGGGGAAGCAAACCUACGAGAAGAUGAUGAGUGGAAUGUAUCUGGGUGAGAUCGUUCGCCACGUGCUGCUGGAUCUGACCCAGCAGGGCCUCCUCUUCCGGGGCCGAGUCUCUCCCCGGCUGACGCUUCCCGGCAUCUUUGAAACCAAGUUCCUGUCCCACAUCGAGAGCGACCGACUAGCUCUACUCCAGGUGCGCUCCAUCCUGCACCAGCUGGGCCUGGAGUCGUCCUGCGAGGACGCGCUCGUGGUGCAGGAGGUGUGCCGGGCGGUUUCCCGGCGUGCCGCUCAGCUGUGCGGUGCCGUCGCCGCCAUCGCCACCCGCAUGGCGAGGGCACGGGGCCUGGCGCGCAUGCGGGUCACCGCCGGGGUGGACGGGACCCUGUACAAGCUGCACCCGCACUUUGCCCAGGUGAUGCAGCAGACGGUGGAGCUGCUGGCGCCAGAGUGUGACGUCCGCUUCGUCAGCUCAGAGGACGGCAGCGGCAAGGGAGCAGCCCUCAUCACCGCUCCUGUGGCGUGCCGGGCACGAGACAUGGGGACUCACUGAUGCCUCGCUCGCUCACUCACCCACUCACUCAUUCGCCCGCUCGCUCACUCACCCACCCACUCACUCCUCCACCCACUCACCCACCUGCUCGC